GUGUAGCAGACUGGUUCAGCGAUCAGCAACGGCGGUGCAGCAAAGGCGAUCCGCUCCCCUCUCGCUCACCACGACGACAGGGCGAUCCUUCUCCUCCCCCUUACCCCCCCUCAGGCUGUAGCGAAUCCCAAGGGCACACACGGUCGCGGACUGUAGCGUGGUGUAGUGGUGUUGUGGUAGCGUGGUGACGGCAGCAGCAGCGGCAGCAGCAGCAGACAUGGCCAAAAUCAACAGUGGGUCUUGUCUUCUCCUCCUCGUCCUCUUGGCAGCCUCGUCCUCUGCCAUAGACAUCAGCCGCCUCUCAGGGCACCGACACUACACCAAGAGAUCAGGUGAGGGUGGCGUGCGCCCCAGAGGACCCUACCUCCUCUACCUCUUGUCAUCUCCAUCGAACAUGCAUGAAGCAUACGGCUACAUGUACCGGCAACCUGAGUACCACCCCCCAACACAAGGCCCCAAGGAUUGCAUGCCCUACGAGCCAUUCCGUUGCCCUGGUGGUGGAAUCUGUAUCUCCAUCCAGUACCUGUGUGACGGCGCCCCUGACUGUCCCGACGGCUACGAUGAGAACCUGCGCCUCUGUACGGCAGCUAAGCGGCCCCCCGUGGAAGAAACUGCCUCCUUCCUCCACUCCCUCCUGGCCUCCCACGGACCCAAUUACCUCGAGAAGCUGUUUGGUAACAAGGCCCGCAACGCCCUGGAGCCCCUCGGCGGAGUCCAAAAGGUCGCCAUCGCCCUCUCAGAGUCCCAGACUAUCGAUGAAUUUGGUGACGCCCUCCACCUGCUCCGCCCUGAUGUGGAACACCUUCGCUCGGUCUUCAUGGCUGUGGAGAACGGGGACAUUGGCUUGCUCAAGUCCCUGGGCAUCAAGGACUCCGAGCUGGGUGACGUCAAGUUCUUCUUAGAGAAACUGGUCAACACUGGCUUCCUGGACUGAGCGGCCGGGCCAGCACACGUGUGGAGGAGGAGGUGAAGGAGGGGAGAGGAAGAGAAGAAGAGAAAGGUUAUUCAGAAGGAAAACUCAAACUAAAAAAAAAAAUUAAAAAAAUUAAAAAAAAUAUAAGUGACUUUGUAUUUAAUGAAUGAGGCAGAGUGAAGUGCUCUAGAGAUUCAGCAGUGAACCUAAGUUUACCUUACCUUGCCCAUGUAAACAUUGGAUCAGUAUUCCUGGCCUGAGACUGAGAUACAGAAAGAGAGCGAGGUAGAGAGAAUGAGAAAAUGAGAGGGAGAGAGAGAGAGAGAGAGAGAGAGAGAGAGAGAGAGAGAGAGAGAGAGAGAGAGAGAGAGAGAGAGAGGAUGGCUGGCACAGAAUAGUUUUGUAAGUUGAUGCUCUCCUCGCCACCACGACACCAUUGCCCCUCAGAGUCACCACCCCGCCAGAGUAGCAGACGUUUGAUUCCCUUAGGCUGUAGAGUUUUCAUUCUAUAUCAUAAGUGAAAUGACACUAAUAGACUUAAUUAUUGAUAAGUUUAACAUAUAGCACAGUAAUGCUUCUCUGAAUCAAUAGUUAUGGUGGACAUAUUAUCAUUAUUCUAUCCUAACAAAACUCUCUUGGAUCCGUUCUUUCCUGACUGUCUCCUGCCUCACCGUCUCACUUCCUGACAGAGUUUUAGCCAAAGAAGAAAAAUGAUGUUUCUAAUGUUUAUGGUUGUAUGAGAUUUAAGAUUGUUACAGAUUGAUCGCUUUAUAGAAUAUGACUCAGUUUUUGGAUCAUAUAUGUGCAUUAUUAACAAGACUUAGAAGUAAUGCUGAUAAAUAUGUAGGAAGUAAUAUUUGUGUGAUGCUUCUUUUCACAAAGCAGAAUAUAUUUUUUUCCAGCACACACAGAAACAAAUUCUGCACUUGAUUCAUGCUGCUUGAAUGUUAAUGAAACUGUUUGACUUUAUUACAUAUAUAUUAUUACAAACAUGUUUUCUGCUUGGGGUCGGGGUGGCCCCUGGAGAUUGUUGAGUAACCAAAUAACUGCACGUGUUGGGGAAUGGCAAGAUGGGCCCGUGAGUGUUUCACAGGGUGGCAGGCAGCAGUGUGUGCUGCCCCAGCCUGGUGGUGGAUGUCCCGAGCCUCAAAAUGUGUCAUGUGAUAAUCCUUUUUGUUCCAAUUAGUGCACUAGAGAUCAAGGGAAUACUAAUAAGAUGAAUCAACAAUCUGAGCCCAGUUUCUAUAUGAUCCCCUAAUUCUUGAUCACUGAUUAUUACUGUGUUGUGAUUCUAUUUCAAAGACCUAAUGUAGAUGGCAUCUUAUUUUCUUUUAUGAGAUUACCUGCAGUUUAUAGGGGAUAUGUAUUUAUCGUUAUACCCACAGUGUAUGUAAGAGUAUAUAGUAUAUAUAUUAUAUAUAUUAUAUAACAAUGUCCAAAAAUAUGCUGAUAAAAGUCUUUAUUUGCUGCAAUUGACGUUUGCACACACACACACACACACACACACACACACACACACACACACACACACACACACACACACACACACACACACACACACACACACACACACACACACACACACACACACACACACACACACACAUACACACACACUUAACCCCACAUCCUUGACCUGACCUGACCUGGUUUGCAUGCAUGGCACUCACUACCUGUGCUUCAGGACACAUGAGGUGCACAGACAUUCCCCAGGUGUUUUAUGUUAGUGUAGAGGGCAAUAAUUAUGAUAUUGUUUCUUUAUCCACAAAUUUGUGAGUCUGUCCUAUCACUACAUGUCUGGUGACGUGUUCCCCUUCCCAUGACCCUCCCUUCCAGGACCCAGGAAGCCAGUGCCCCUUGCUGGGGUGCACUGGCCAGUGAUGCAGUUCUCACCUCCUCAUCUGGCACAUUUCAUUGUUCCUAUAGCGUACAUACCAAUCACCAUUUACUCUUUUGUUGUAAAAUGCCAAAAACAAAAAGUAUUCAUCAAAAUUACCAUCAGCUUUUUUCAUAUAGCAUUAUAUAACUUGCCAGAUUGUACAAGCUUAUUUUCUUUUUUUUUUUUUUUUUUUUAUACUAGAUAUAUAUGUGUGUUCUUUUUCAAAGUGAGUGGUGGUGGAGGUGUAUCACUGUCGCCAAAAUUCAUACUAACUCUGCAGCUUCUCAGUAGGCAAGGAGAGUGUGUGACUGCAAUGAGUGCAUAAGGGGAAGAGUGUGGGGAAAGCAUUGAGAGUGUGUGUAGGGGAAGGGUGGAUGAUCAUGAUCGCACAGUAGCAAGCCAGUGAAGAGAGAAAGGCAGGAGCAAUGUAUAGAGGGAAGGAGUGGAUGGACGGCUUGGGUGGAGGGUGGAAAAAUGGUGUCCUGGUGUCUGAUUCCCUAGUGCAGUGCAGCUGAUGUGUAAAAUAUAUAUUAGCAAAACAACAAAAAACAGAAGUGUCCUGCAUCUUGAAUCAUUGAAUGUAUUACUUUUAAGAAUGGUGUUAGAGUGUGUAUCGAGUUGACUGAUUGAUAUGGUUUUGUUCUGAUGGUAAAAAAAGCAAAAAAAAUGAUUAAGGUGUAUUGUAUUACUUAUGCAUAUUGUUGUCAGUCCAGCUGAAUAAUAAUUUUCUCUCUUGCAAUACUCACAAUAUUACCUUGACCUCUGUACCAUGCAGUGUUUACUCUCCAUACGAAUAAAUUAUACAAAAGCAUAAAUAUAUCUAAUAAAUUGUGUACAACU